AAAGUCACAGGGAGGAGUUUUCUGUCUGCACACCAAAAAUGAAAACAGCAUUCUCCCCCAGCGCCACGCCUUCAGAAGAGUUUUGGGUGAAUUUGCUGCUCUUUUAAAUGCCUCUCCUCAAUGAGCAGACCGCAGUUGCAUGUGAGCACAACACUCAGAAGUUGGACAAUCUGCGGGCUUCGUGACAGCUGCGCCGACAAAUGGACGCAAUGGACAAAAACCCCAGCAUCUCCCCUGAUGAGCCCAAGGUGAAGAGAGGCUUUGACCAAAAGGUGUUUGUCAACAGAAGCCUGACGCUGGAAAACAUCAAAUGCUAUGGCUUCGACAUGGACUACACACUCGCAAUAUACAAGUCUCCUGACUAUGAGAGCAUGGGCUUUGAGCUGAUAAGAGACAGAAUGGUGUCUAUUGGAUACCCUCAUGAGCUUCUACGCUACACGUAUGACCCCACCUUUCCCACACGCGGCUUGGUGAUUGACACCACAUACGGGAACCUCCUGAAGGUGGACUCAAAUGGGAAUAUUUUAGUCUGCAGCCAUGGCUUCCGCUUCCUCAAUGGAGACGACAUUCAAAACUACUACCCCAACAAAUUCAUUCAGAGAGAUGACACCGACCGCUUUUACAUUCUUAACACACUCUUCAAUAUGUCAGAGACUUAUCUCUACGCCUGCCUUGUGGACUUCUUCACCAGAUGCAGCAGAUACACAAACCUCCUGAAAGGUUAUCAGCACGGCGACUUGUUUAUGUCCUACAGAAGCAUGUUUCAAGAUGUUCGAGAUGCAAUGGACUUCAUUCAUGAUACAGGAAGCCUGAAAGAACGAACUAUCAAGAACUUGGAGAAAUACGUUGUAAGCGACCCAAAUCUUGCUGUACUCUUGACUCGGAUUAAAGAAGUGGCCAAGGUCUUUCUCGCAACCAAUAGUGACUACACCUACACUGAGGUCAUCAUGAAAUACCUGCUUGAAAGUAAUGUUAAGACUGGAAGUCCAAAAAGGUCCUGGCGUUCCUUCUUUGACCUGGUCGUUGUGGACACCAGAAAGCCACUGUUCUUCGCAGAUGGGACUGUGCUGAGACAAGUGGACACGGACACAGGAAAGCUUCGGAUUGGGACUUACACAGGCGACCUCCAGCAUGGGACUGUGUAUUCUGGGGGAUCCUCAGACAUCAUCUGUGAUCUGCUGGGUGUUAAAGGUAAGGACAUCCUCUAUGUUGGAGACCACAUCUUUGGUGACAUCCUCAAAUCGAAGAAACGCCAGGGCUGGAAGACUUUCCUGGUCGUACCGGAGCUCACCAAGGAGCUGAACGUGUGGGAGGAGAAGAAAAAUCUGUUUGAGGAGCUGAAACGCCUCGACAUCUUCUUAGCUGAAAUUUACAAGCACCUGGAUAGUGGCAGUCGAGAGUGUCCUGACAUCACUGCCAUUCAGACCAGAAUAAAGGUGCUGACCUACAGAAUGGACAUGUCCUAUGGCCAGAUGGGCAGCCUCCUGCGCAGCGGCUCCAGACAGACGCUGUUCGCCAGCCAGCUGAUGCGCUAUGCAGAUCUUUAUUCCUCCACCUGCAUCAACCUGCUGCACUACCCCUUCAAUUAUCUCUUCAUGGCUCCUCCAGUCCUGAUGCCCCAUGAGGCAGCAUCUCAAAUCUCAGCUGAGUUUGUAUCAUCAGACCUCACUAACAAAAUUGUCACCAACAAUAUUGUCAGAAACUAAGUGCUGAGGCCAGCUUACCGAGAUGAGAGCAGGAGAACGUGAAGACUCUGCAGAAAUCUUCUAAUGUGCUUCUACCUGUCACUGACAGUUCUCACUGAUGAAGGUGAUUGUUAGCACCUGUGCAUUGAUGAGGGGGUUUGUUGCAGCCAUGACGUGCCUCCUUUGAUAAAAUAAAAAAAAAAACAAAACAAAACAAAAAAAACUAUAGCUCCACCUGCUGGAUAUGAAGUGUAUUGCCAUAUAACGUUUACCAGAUACACCCAUAAAUGAAGUUAUGUUGAGAUUUUGGGAUUGGAAGGAACAACAGACUCAGGGUUACUGUGUAUAUGAGUGCAAAUUUGUCUUUUUUUAUUAUUAUGUUGUGGUGCAUGUGCACUUUUAAUCUGAGGUUUGUGUAAUGGUUUUUAAGAAGUAACUAUUUAUUCGUUGUGUUACUGCAAUAAAUAUUCUGUUGAAUUACUGCAAUAAAUA